GGCGGGGCGGCCCGCCGCGGGGCUCGGGCGGCGCGGCGCGGCGCGCGGGGUCCGCGGCGCCAUGUGGAGCGGCCGCAGCUCCUUCACCAGCCUGGUGGUGGGCGUGUUCGUGGUGUACGUGGUGCACACCUGCUGGGUCAUGUACGGCAUCGUCUACACCCGCCCGUGCGCCGGCGCCACCAACUGCAUCCAGCCCUACCUGGCGCGGCGGCCCAAGCUGCAGCUGAGUGUGUAUACCACCACGCGGUCCAGCCUGGGCGCAGAGAACAACGUGGACUUGGUCUUGAAUGUGGAAGACUUCGAUGUGCAGUCUAAAUUUGAAAGGACAGUUAAUGUUUCUGUACCAAAGAAAACAAGGAACAAUGGGACGCUGUAUGCCUAUAUUUUCCUGCAUCACGCUGGGGUUCUGCCAUGGCAUGAUGGGAAGCAAGUGCACCUGGUCAGUCCUCUUACUACCUACAUGAUCCCUAAACCGGAAGAGAUCAACCUACUCACGGGGGAGUCUGCUGCGCAGCAGCAAAUCGAAGCAGAGAAGAAGCCAUCAAAUGCCCUGGAUGAGCCUGUCUCUCACUGGAGACCCAGGCUGACCCUGAAUGUGAUGGUGGAGGACUUUGUCUUCGAUGGGUCCUCAUUGCCUGCUGAUGUGCACCGGUACAUGAAGAUGAUCCAGCUGGGUAAGACGGUGCAUUACCUUCCCAUCCUGUUCAUUGACCAGCUGAGCAACCGGGUGAAGGACUUGAUGGUUAUCAACCGCUCCACCACCGAGCUGCCACUCACCGUGUGCUACGACAAGAUCUCCCUGGGGCGGCUGCGCUUCUGGAUCCACAUGCAGGACGCCGUGUACUCCCUGCAGCAGUUUGGGUUUUCAGAAAAAGAUGCUGAUGAAGUGAAGGGGAUUUUUGUAGACACCAACUUGUACUUCCUCGCACUGACCUUCUUUGUGGCCGCGUUUCACCUUCUUUUUGACUUCUUGGCAUUUAAAAAUGACAUCAGUUUCUGGAAGAAGAAGAAGAGCAUGAUUGGCAUGUCCACCAAAGCAGUGCUCUGGCGCUGUUUCAGCACAGUGGUCAUCUUCCUGUUCCUGCUGGAUGAGCAGACGAGCCUGCUUGUGCUGAUCCCUGCAGGUGUUGGGGCCGCCAUCGAGCUCUGGAAAGUGAAGAAGGCGCUGAAGAUGACAGUGACCUGGAGGGGCCUGAGGCCACGGUUCCAGUUCGGCACCUACAGCGAGUGUGAGAGGAAGACAGAGGAGUACGACACCCAGGCCAUGAAGUACCUGUCUUACCUCCUGUACCCUCUCUGUAUUGGGGGAGCCAUCUACUCGCUGCUGAACAUCAAAUAUAAGAGUUGGUAUUCGUGGCUUAUCAACAGCUUCGUGAAUGGUGUCUAUGCGUUCGGCUUCCUCUUCAUGCUGCCCCAGCUCUUUGUCAACUACAAGAUGAAGUCGGUGGCUCACCUGCCCUGGAAGGCCUUCACCUACAAGGUAGGCCCGCCUCCCACGGGGGGUGGCAGGGAGCCCCUUCAGCCCUCAGUGCUUGUGGCCCCAUUCUUUUUGUUGGAAAAGAGCCAUAGGGAAGAACCGGGGGCGGAGUUGUCUUCGGGCCCUGGCUCCAACAGGCUGAGAGGCAAGAAACCUGACCUGAUGGAGGAGCGGGGGCCCGCGCAGGGCAAGGGACCUGGUCACCGCGCUACUGGGGCCGGCGGUGGCCAAGUUUCCAUGUGA